AUUAAAUUCUCAUUUUCAGGAAUUUGGAUUUAAUUAACAAAAAAUAAGAUAAAAAUGAAUUUAGCAGCAAGUUUCCGCCUCAACUUUGGUGUCUUAUCUCAAUGUAGCUAUUGUUGUGAUCUUCGGAGAAGAGAAUUUUUUUGUAGAGUAACUGACACAGAAACUGAACCGGAUAGUAAUAGUGACGAGGAGGAAGAUAAGCAUCAAAGUGGAGAAAAGCCGGCAAUUACUGAUUCUGUAAAGGAAAACGAUUCCCAGAUUGAUUCGCAACCCAUAAAUGCCAAUCAAAUAAGCAACAAUGUUGCAGAAACUCCAACUCAAGGUGCUGUCCAGACUGGAAUUUACAUGAAAAAUCUUUUCCUGCUUCUUUUACAUCUUCCCUUGUUUCCUGAACAGCCACAGCAACUGGAUGAAUCAAUGAGGAUUCCCAAGGAGACCAUUGACAUUCUUAAGGAUCAAGUAUUUGCAUUUGAUACCUUCUUUGUGACGAGCCAGGAACCCUACGAGGGUGGAGUAUUAUUCAAAGGUAAUUUGCGAGGACAGGCUGCUAGAAGUUAUGAAAAGAUAUCAACUAGGAUGCAGAACAAAUUUGGUGAUGAAUAUAAGCUUUUCCUUCUUAUCAAUCCAGAGGAUGAUAAACCAGUGGCAGUUGUUGUUCCUCAAACGACUUUGCAACCAGAGACAACUGCUGUCCCUGAGUGGUUAGCAGCUGGAGCUUUUGGUCUGGUUGCAGUGUUUAAGCUACAACUUCGGAAUGUGCCUGCACUGCAGUCCAACUUAUUAUCAACAUUUGACAAUCUCAACUUGUUAUCGAAUGGUCUACCUGGUGCCUUUAUUACUGCACUUCUUCUGGGGGCACAUGAAUUGGGCCACAUCUUAGUAUCAAAGAGCACAGAAAUUAAGCUUGGUGUCCCGUUCUUUGUUCCAAGUUGGCAGAUAGGCUCUUUUGGUGCCAUAACAAGGAUAAAAAAUAUUGUACCCAAUCGUGAGGCCCUUCUCAAGGUUGCAGCAGCUGGACCUUUGGCUGGCUUUUCUUUGGGUUUUGUUCUAUUCCUUCUAGGUUUCAUCUUGCCUCCUAGUGAUGGUAUUGGAGUUGUUGUUGAUACUUCUGUGUUUCAUGAAUCAUUUCUUGCUGUUGGUGUAGCAAAGCUGCUUCUAGGUGAUGUACUGAAGGAAGGCACUCCUAUAUCAGUUAACCCACUUGUAAUUUGGGCAUGGGCUGGACUUCUCAUUAAUGCCAUCAAUAGCAUCCCUGCAGGGGAGCUAGAUGGGGGCCGAAUCUCCUUUUCUAUAUGGGGAAGAAAGGCUUCAACUCGCUUCACAUCGCUCUCCAUUGCUCUGCUGGGAUUGUCAUCUUUGUUCAACGAUGUGGCGUUUUACUGGGUAGUUCUCAUAUUCAUCUUGCAAAGAGGGCCCAUUGCACCACUGUCGGAGGAAAUCACUGAUCCUGAUAACAAGUAUGUUGCACUUGGAGUUUUAGUUUUGAUAUUGGGAUCCAUUCCCUUUCAAUUAUGA